AUGGUUCUUGUUCUCAUCUGUUUUCUGCUCUUUGCAGGUGGAUUAACAUCCAGUUUGGAAACACAAGAUGACCUUGACAACCAGUCGAACUAUAAUCAGAGUUACACAAAUCAAUCAGAUGUGAAUCCCACAAGUUAUAGUACACCGGGUUAUAAUCCGACAGAUGUGAAUCCCACAAGUUAUAGUACACCGGAUUAUAAUACGACAGGUGAGAAAACUGGACGUAAGUGCGGCUACCGGGACGUUCUAGAGUAUCUGAAGCUGAACAAAAGCAAUGACACGUUUACCAUGAACAGACCUGCUAUACACUAUAAUAGCAAAACUUAUGUUUACAUUGAUAUGAGGAUCUAUGCCAUUCUAGAUGUGAGAGAAGCUGACCAGUCCUUUAUAUCAUAUAUGUGGAUUUAUAUGGAGUGGGAUAAUGAAUUCAUCUGGUGGAAUCCAAAUGACUUUUGUGGACUUGAGGAAGUACUGGUUCCACGUGAAUCUUUGUGGAUGCCUGAUAUCAUAAUUGAAGAAAUGACUGAAAAGGAUAAAAACCAGCCGAGCCCCUUUGUCUCAGUUAAAUACGAUGGCUGGGUGGAUUACAGGGAUGAUAAGUUUAUGAUCAGCACCUGCAAGAUGAACAUUUUUAAUUUCCCCUUUGACUUUCAGACCUGCCAUCUCACCUUUAGGUCAAUCUUAUACUCUGAUAAAGAAUUAUUUUUUUUAAUUAAGAAUGAUAGUGAAAUAAUCACUCAGGAGUCUCAGGAUAAUAUCCGGAUGCAAUACGAAUGGAAGUUUCUCAAUAUCUCAGUCACUCAAAAAUCUGUUCAUAACUUUAACAUCAACCAAACCGCUGUUGUCUACACUAUAAUCAUGAAGAGAAAGUCUGCACUUUAUGUCGUCAACUUCCUGCUGCCUGUCCUCUUCUUCUUGUGUCUGGACUUUGCCUCCCUCCUGAUGCCGACUGGUGGUGGAGAGAAGAUUAGUUUUAAGAUCACGGUGCUACUUGCUGUUACAGUGAUGCAGCUGAUUCUCAUUGAAAUUCUACCUUUUACCUCAAGCAGGAUUCCACUUAUAGUGAUUUACUGCAUUGGGGUUUUUGCUCUGAUGCUGUCCAGCCUCAUAGAGACCAUUUUUGUGAAUUAUCUGAUGGAAAAAGACUCUUCAUCCCUGCAAGGCAAGAAAGAGAGUGACAAACUUCAAGUAAUAAAAGCUUCCUCCAUUGCCUCCACCUGUGAUGAGAUGACUGAUCAAACACCAUCUAUGUGCAAAGGGGGCAGCAGCAGCCAACUGACUGAAUUAUUCCUGGCAGUGGAGAAAGUAUCAGAUGAACUUGGAGAGGUGAAGAAAAUUGUCCUUGACAAAGAGUCUGAAGAGAAGAAGGAUGGUUACUGGACCGGAGUUGCCAAGAAAGUAGACAAGAUUUUUUCCAUUUUAUAUGUCUUGGCAGCCAUUCUGUUUUUAUUUGUCGUCUUCUCAGUGUGGAUCUCAAAAUCAAUCGUACCUGAUUCAAAUAGUGAUUAAGAUGCCUGAGAAAGCAACAUCUCAUCAUGGAGCUGGUGAUUCACUUUGACUAACAAAGUAAUUGAAACUCAACAAGUACAAUUAGUGAUGUUAAAAACACCAUCAAGGUAUUGUGCCAAAAGAAAAAUGGUGAAACGAUGUCACACUGGCACUCUUCUUCCCACAUAUAUUCGUGAAUAAAAUUGACCUGAAUUCGGCAUUCAUGCAAUGAAAACACAAAUUCUUGUCAUGUAUUUUUAUAGAAUUGAAAUGAUGGUUCCUCAUAUGCAGUUUUGAAUAUUUAAUGUAGAGGAAAUUUACUGGUAAACUUUGCAAUUUGCGAAUGUAUGAGGGCAGAAACAAAUAAGCAAAUAUGUGGGAAAAAUUCAAGCUCCUUUCUCCUCCUGCUGCCACUUGCAGAAAUAAACCGCUCUUCUUCAGAAACAACCAUGAGAGUCUUAGACCAUGUUCACACUGCAUCCUGAAGUGAUCCAAAUCCAAUUUUAUUUAUUUAUGUUUUCUUUUUAUCGUUUUUUAUUUUUCAUUUUGACCUGGCCGUUCACAUUUCCAAAUAUAUAUGACUAUGUGAUUUUCAGUGUGAAAUGGUAACUACCUGCAAUGGUACCGCAUGAGCAGCAGAGGGCGCAGUAACAGCGUUCUCAGUGUUUUGUCAACCACCAGAAAAAAAGAAGUAGUGUUCAGUAUUUAGUGGUCGCAUUUGAAAAGAUCAGAUACAGGUUGCAUUAAGGUCAAAAAAUCAGAUCACUUAGGGUUGCAUUGUGAACAAGGUGUUGGUUGUGUCAAUCACACUCAUCGUUGUUUAACCUUAUGUUACAGGAAAAUUGACAAAUUGUCACUUUCACUGCAGACUCCGCUGUGGGGGGAAGCUGUAGUGCAGCAGAGAGCAAAG